UACAAAUUUCCCUUCAACUUCCCACUUCCCAUAAAAUGAGGAGUUCUCCAUAAAAUUCUCUCUCAAAUUUCUAUUCAUCUCUUCACCAGCAGCUUCAGCUUCAGAUUUUUCAUAUUGCUGGACUUGGUGGAAUCAAGAAAUCCAUAUUUUCCCGUUUUGUUUCACUGGUUCGGUGUUUGUAAAGGGAGAAGGAAAAAGGAUUAGGCAUUGGGAUAUAGUCAUGGCCGUUCUUCCAUUGGGAAUACACAGCAGGUUCCUUUGAUCAUCAUGGAUCAAAUGCUACAAGUUCUUGUAUCCACGCUAAGAUCUGUCCACCUCAUUAACAGGUGAGUUGAAAACAUCAGAGAAAUACUCUACAAAGUGCCUUAAGUCGGCAUGGAAGGCCAUGGUGAUCAGACGUUGCGGAAGCCAUCAGUUAUUUUAACUGGAACAGCCAAGGAAGGUAGCUCUGGCCCUCCUAUUGGUCUUGUUGAUAUUGGCGUGAGUGAAGGUGCUUACCUUUUUCGCGUUGCACUGCCUGGUGUGCGAAAAGAUCGAAGUAAGGUAAAAUUUGAGAUCAAAAGUGACGGUAAGGUUCAGAUUGAAGGAGUGAUGACAGGUCCAGGCGUUUUAAAAGAGUCAUCAGCUAUGUACCAGAUGAAAGUCCAGCAACUGUGUCCUCCAGGACCUUUUACGGUUUCUUUUAAGCUGCCUGGGCCAGUUGAUCCGCGGUUGUCUUUGCCUAGUUUCCGGCCUGAUGGCAUUCUGGAAGUGGUGGUUAUGAAGUCCAGAGCACAUCCUACAGUCGCUGAUUCUCACCCACCACUGUGAGUAGGUACAUGGAUUUGCCGUCUCCUUUUGUAUUUGAUUACCAGGCACUGGCAUUACCCAAAUUUUUUAGAGUAGUUGUAUUUUUCAAUGUUAAUUUUGUCUUUGUAUGAACCUGGGGCGUUAAAUUACAUGAACUCUCUCCCGAACUGGUCAGAGUUUCCAUCAUGUUCUUGUACUUUUAAUUAUGUGUUUAACAAGUUGUUGCCAAUUCUAUAACACUCAUGCUUACAUGAAA